CUUCCCAUAAAUUCGAUUUCGUCAGUGCUUUUCCGUCAGUGAGGGCGUUGACUGAGUACGUUUUGCCACAGCCUGGCGCAGCAGAACCCGCAAGCGGUAGUGUGGUACGUCAUGAUGUCACAGGUGGUGGACUUACGGCAGGGUGUGGCUGGUCGCCUGCUGGAGCACUACCACAACCUGAGGGUGGUGACGGUGGACCUGCGUCAGGUGUUCUACAACACACCACUGAUGGACCUGUACACCUCCACCGUCUGGAACCACAACACCACGUGGCCAGCAGUAAGUCUCAGCAACAUGAUUCGCCUGGCGCUGGUAUGGCAGGUUGGGGGCCUAUACAGCGACAAUGACGUGGUGUGCAUCGCUUCUCUCACCCACCUGAAGAACGUCAUCGGCAUCGUCAGAGAAAAGAGGGUGAACGGCGCCGUGUUUCACUUUGACAGACAUCACCCUAUGCUGGAGGCCUUCAUGAAACAACUUAGUGAAGUCUUCAGCCCGAAUGUGUGGGGGAUUAACGGACCAAUGCUGGUGACGAAGGUGCUAAAGAUGGCAUGUGGCAAGGAGCUGGCUGCUGGGGACAAGUGUCAAGGGGUGACACUACUGCACCAACGUGCCUUCUACCCCUUGCGUGUUACAAAUUGGAAGGACUUCUUCACAGCCCUGAGUGGUGUGGACGUACUUAAGAUGUUUCCCAACUCGUACGUGAUCCACCUGUGGAACAAACUGAGUCACUCUACCCCUAUCUUCAAGGACUCCGGGAUGUUGUACGACGAAACUGCCAAGCUUUUCUGUCCCAUCACCAGGGAGGGCGCCCCCAGCGUGUACUGACCCUCCAUCACUACUCCACUACUCCACCGCUACUCCAUCACUACUCCACCACUACUCCACCACUGCUCCAUCACUAC